AUGUGCUUGCCGGAGUUCGGCGCAGACGAUGAAGAAGAGUAUUCCCAGGGUCUGGGGUACAUCACUUUGGUGGGGCUUAGCCUGUCAAUAGGCUUCCUCAUACUACACCUCUUUGCAUUUGGCUUGACUCCCAGGCUUCACAACUUGUCGUCAAUGAACCUGGCCUGUCUCAGUGUCACUCUACUCCUCGUGUACUGCUCGUUCUUUGGGUCUGUCUCUCUGAAGGAGACGGGCAUCCCGUGUGUUUCGAUCGCUGUUAUAAUUCACUACAGUCUGCUAGCUUCCUUUUUCUGGAUGCUUACCAUAGCAUACGACAUUAACAGAGUCCUCCGAGUAGCCACCACGAAGCUGCUUGUGUCAACAGGCAGGCACUGGCACAGGUUUGGCGUCUACUGUCUGUGGAGCUGGAUAGUUCCUGCUGUCAUUGUUGGUGUAGCGCUGGCAGCCGAGUUCUCCUCUGACGGGGUGUUGGAAUAUGUACGACCAGGCUACGGGGUCAGUGAAUGCUGGUUCGACAGUGGCAGGGCUCUGCUCACCUUCAUUGUGGGACCGCUCUCAGUUGUCAUGAUUCUCAAUGCAGUGCUAUUUUUCUGGAGUGCGUGUAUCAUCUAUACUUCCACAUCUGAGCUGAAGAACACAUCCCGCACACACAGAGACUUCCGUCUCUACUGCCGCCUCGCGCUCAUUAUGGGUCUGACUUGGAUUGUCGGCCUCGUCGCUGCAUUCGUUGACAAUAUAGUGGUGUGGUACGCGUUCGUGAUCCUCAACACACUGCAGGGGCUGUUCAUAUUCCUGGCCUUCACUUGCACCCAGAAAGUGUGGCAGGAGCUACGGCCGUACAGGCAGACGCAGGCGUACGCCCCGAGCCCCGCUACCAUGUACACAUGA